AUGCAUACCCCGGCGGAGUCCCCCAAGAUCCUCUCCCUCAUCGAGGACAUCAAGCAAGUGGCACUGCAGAAGCACCAUGUUUCCCAGACAGGAGACUCGCAUUUCCGCCUGCUGGGGCUUAUCGAUCAGCUAAAGCUGGCUGUGGAAACGCCGACUGAGACCGUCCUGCGUCUCAUCUACCAGCCUCCGCAGAAUGCAGCCCUUCGCACCGUCGUCGACUUGGGCAUCUUCCCCUUGCUUAUGCAAAACCAUAAAUCCGGCCUGUCAGCCACGCAGCUGGCGGCGCACACCGGCGCAGAGCGCGAUCUGAUCGUCCGCUUGAUGCGAGUCAUGACAGCCUUGGGCCUCUGCUCCAGCGUCGAGUGCGAGAUCUACCGCGCCAACGAGAAAACCGAGGCGCUGACCCAGCCCAUCGGUCGCGACGGCGUGCCCUGCAUCUACGACCUGACCCUGCCGACCUUGGCCAAGCUCCCCGAGUACUUCCGCGAGCACCACUACCUCAUGCCCAAGGAGUACGCCGCGUCCCCCAUGCAAUGGGCCGUGGGCCAAAGCCAGUUCGAAUGGCUCGCCCAGCGCAAGCACCACCAAGCCCUGUUCAAUUCGUACAUGGCCAGCCGCCGCGAGGGCAAGCCCAACUGGUUCGACGUGUACCCCAUCGGCCGACUGAUCAGCCACGCGAGCUCCCUAUCCAAGAACGACGUCUUCCUCGUCGAUGUCGGCGGCAACCAGGGCCACGACCUCACCAAGUUCCAUUCCAAGUACCCGCGCACCCCGGGCCGUCUGGUGCUGCAGGAUCUGCCCGCGGUGCUGGCGUCGGGCCCGCCCUUGGAGGGCAUCGAGCCGAUGGGGUAUAGCUUUCUGGACCCGCAGCCGGUCAAAGGCGCUCUGGUGUACUACUUCCGCGCGAUCUUCCACGACUGGCCCGACCAUGUAUGCCACCGCAUCCUCUUGAAUACAGUUUCGGCGAUGGAUGCGGCGCGCUCGCGCGUCCUGAUUGUCGACUUUGUGCUGCCUGAUACGAACACACCGCUCCUGCAGGCGUCGCUGGAUGUCCAGAUGAUGAGUAUUGGAGCUGGUGUCGAACGCUCUGAGCGCCAGUGGAGGGAGCUGCUGGACGGCGCCGGCCUGGAGAUCCAGAACAUCUGGCAGGGCAGUCCGGGCAUGGAGUCGGUGAUUGAGGCGGUCGUGAAGCCGUGA